AGAAAUCGUCAAAACUUGGAGGUGCGUGAACAUGAUUAUGAUGACCAUGAUGGUGGUAAUGAUGAUAGUAUUGGCGGGGUAAGGGAUGGAGGGAAUGAUGGUGACGAUAGUGAUGGUGGCGAGGGUAAUAAUAAUAAUCGAGAUGAUGAAGACACUGGCGAUAAUAAUAAUUGUGAAAGUAGGGACGAAGUUGAUCGUAAAAGUGCUUCAAACACCGUCAACAACGACAGCACUUGGAGUGCUACUAGCCCCCCACCAUCAUCUGUUGCUCCAGCUACAAGCGAUUCAACCACAUUAACGCCGAUCAAGUCAUCAAAUUCGAAACCGUACGCAUUCAAGAAAUCAUUCAAGAGCAAGUGGUUCACCAUCUCCAAUAAGAAAACUUCGUACGAGAAGAGCAAACAGCAACAGCAGCACUCAGGAUCGUCGGCCACCUCUUCAUCGCCAUCUUCAUCCUCGUCAUCGAGAGCGCCUUCGACGCCAGCCGCAUCAACCACAUCGAGCGACAGUCCCGAAUUUGAAUGCAAGAGUGGAAUCAGAUCGAAGUUUAGAAAGAGUAAAAAACUUUCACAGUUCAAGAAGUUUUCCUUCUACAAUUCGUCAUCUCGCCUUAGAAAUACAUCCAAGGUUCUCAAACUGAAAUCUCGACGUAGGUUCAGGAAGGGAGGAAAUGAUCUGGAUGGAGAAAUAAUGAUGCAAUCGCUGAUGGAAGAUUGGUGUAAUAAGUUGGUGCUAAACUCAGGAUGCAGUGAUGUACGUGGCGGAUCUGCUGCUGCUGUUGCUGUUGUUGAGAGGUCUGCUUCUUCUGCUUGCAGUACUCCUGCUGCUACUACUUGCAGGAAAAAUCUGAUGAAUCAGCAAGAUUACAACAACAACAACAAUGUCAACAACAAUAAUUACAAUACAAAUAACAAUAAUCUGCUUCAGCACUAUCCGACAAGAUUUCAAACAGCAACGGCUGCCUCUGCGACCAACUCAUGCAACGACAUCGGUGAUAGAAACCACCAUCACCAACAACAACAACAGCAGCAGCAUCAACAACAACUGCCCAUCACUAACAUCACUUCAAACACAACACCGCCCAACAACUUCAACAGCAACAAUAACAUCAUAUACGACUACAACAAUUUCAACUUGCAACAGCAACAUCAACAACAACAACAACAGUCGCAGCCAACUGAACUUUCGUGCAUAAUCUCGGCGGCCAUUAAAAGCUCCUUCGAGCCGGGCGAUUUGGUGGCCAAAGAUAACGACACCGACGUCUACGAUGACAUCAAGUGUAGUAACAUCAGUGCAGUUAAUGUCGUUGAUGUCGAAAGUGACAUCAAUAACUACAACAUGUGCAGCUACAACAGCAACAACAACAACAUCAUUAUCAACAACAACAACACCAAUAAUAAUAGUAAUAAUAAAAAUAUCGGAGAUGGUAAUAGUUAUAGUUGUUAUGCAUUUCCUGCAAGCCAAAUAAAACACCUUCCAGGCAAUGAUAAUCUCAAUUUUUCAUAUUAUCCCAACAGCGACAACAACAACAACAACAAUAAAGGUAAAUAUAAUAUGGCCAGUAUUAAUAAUACAGCCGCCCAAAGCAGCCGCAAUGUCAUCAACAGCACGGAUGGUAACAACAACUACAUCAAAAAUAACUUCAAUAGCACUAAUAACGUUAACAAAAACAUCAAUAAUAAUAAUAAUAACAACAACAAUAGUGAUAACAUUAACAAUAACAGUAGCAUCAACAAUAUGGCCGCACAUCAACAGCAUCAACAACAAUACUCCAUGUUCAAUCCGUUCUACACCAUAGACGCCAUGUACAAACAGCAGCAACAGAUCAUGCAACAGCAGCAA